GAAAGCAAGAUGGGUCACCAGCAGCUCUACAGGAGCCAUCCGAUAAAAUUCGGUCAGGGUUCUCGCUCUUGCCAUGUCUGCUCAAACCCGCACAGUCUGAUCCGGAAAUACGGCCUCAAUAUGUGCCGCCAGUACUUCUGCCAGUACGCGAAGGAUAUUGGCUUCAUUAAGUUGGACUAAGCUUCCUUGAAUGGGUCAUCCGG